CCGCGAGUCGCGGCCCCGCCCCGCGGUCCCCAGCCGGGCCGGGCCUCGUCCCCGGCGGCGCUGAGGGCGCCUGCCUCUCCCCGAGCGGGGUCGUGGGCGUCGCUGGGGGCGUCGCGUCCCGAACAGGAAUGUUAUGAUUUUAAACAAGAGAUAAAACUGCUGAAAGGCCAGAGCUAGACCCAGCAACAAACUAAUGGAGGUGUGCAGCAAAAUGGGUUGAGAGCACAGCUGCCUUAUUCCACCUUGUUUUUGCACUGUCUUCAGUUUUGCUUCAAAGAGCGCUCCAUAUCUAAAUGGGUUUGUCAUACUGGCAACGAAGAACAGACAACCUCUGGUGUCUGUUGCAUCCUGAUUUAUCCACUUUGCUUCUGGCAGCCUAUGAAGGAGCUCUACUGCAGUGUGCCUGUGAACCUCCCAUGCAAACAGAUAAGCCUCUUCAUACCAUGGGCAUAGUAUUAGCUCCUGUCUGACUUUGUAUGCAGAGUGAUGCUUUCUGCAGGUGGGGAAACACUUCAAAUGAUCAACUGGACUUGACUUAAAAGGAUAAUUGCUUCCUAUGACUUUCACGAAGGAAUUUCUGUUUUCUGUUUUCAACCAGUGCUGGCUGAGCUGAAACUUCCCACAUCUUGUGGAGAGCAUGUAUAAAAGGAAUGACCUCAUGGCCAGUGUGAUGGUCACCUCCCCCACUCCAGAGGGUAGUAGCAGCUCAGAUUCUCUGGAAGGGCGAAGUUCGGAUUAUGCCAAUAAAAGCUAUGAUGCAGUUGUAUUUGAUGUGUUGAAAGUAACUCCUGAGGAGUUUGCUAGCCAGAUAACAUUGAUGGAUAUGCCAGUAUUUAAAGCUAUACAGCCUGAGGAACUAGCCAGCUGUGGAUGGAAUAAGAAAGAAAAACACACCCUUGCUCCAAAUAUUGUUGCCUUUACUAGGAGGUUUAACCAGGUCAGUUUUUGGGUUGUACGAGAAAUAUUAACAGCACAGACCUUAAAAAUAAGGGCAGAAAUACUGAGCCACUUUGUGAAAAUAGCUAAAAAGCUUCUAGAACUGAACAAUCUUCAUUCCCUUAUGUCUGUGGUGUCAGCACUGCAAAGUGCACCUAUCUUCAGGCUGACUAAAACUUGGGCUCUUUUGAAUCGGAAAGACAAGACCACCUUUGAGAAGUUAGACUAUUUGCUGUCUAAGGAAGAUAAUUAUAAAAGGACACGAGAGUACAUCAGAAGCUUAAAAAUGGUUCCUACAAUUCCAUAUUUAGGAAUUUAUCUCUUGGAUUUAAUCUACAUAGAUUCUGCAUAUCCUGCUUCAGACAGCAUAAUGGAGAAUGAACAAAGAUCCAAUCAAAUGAACAAUAUUCUCCGAAUAAUAGCUGAUCUGCAAGUAUCCUGCAACUAUGAUCAUCUCACAACACUUCCCCAUGUACAAAAGUAUUUGAAGUCUGUCCGUUACAUUGAAGAACUUCAGAAGUUUGUAGAAGAUGACAAUUACAAAUUAUCUUUAAGAAUUGAGCCAGGUAACAGCUCUCCUCGACUGGUUUCCUCCAAAGAAGAUCUUGCAGGUCCGUCUGAUAUAUCAGCAGUUAUGAAAUUCAGCAGGAGACCCACAUGUCCUGAUGCCUCAGUAGCAGCAAGUCUACCUACACCUCCUGUACCAAGGCACCGGAAGAGUCACAGCUUAGGAAACAAUAUGAUGUGUCAGUUGAGCGUCGUGGAGAGCAAAAGCGCCACCUUCCCGACGGAGCGGCCGCGGCACCUGCUGGAUGACAGUGUCCUGGAGUGUCACAGCCCCGCGCGCGGCCACACGCCCGGCACGCGCCUUGCCAACGGCCUCUCCAUAGAUAGCAGUGAAAGCUCAGAAUUUAGUGAGGAGCUGCCGUCAGGGCUUGAAAGGGGUCGUUUAUAUGCCACACUGGGACCUAACUGGAGGGUACCAAUCAGGAAUUCUCCUCGGAGUCGAAGCUGUGUCUACAGCCUAACAGGUGCAUGCAGCUGCACAGCAGGUGGUUCCACAGGAGUCAUUACCAUGGAAGGGCCUUUAAGAAGAAAAACACUGCUCAAAGAAGGCAAGAAACCUACUCUCUCCUCAUGGACUAGAUACUGGGUUAUGCUUUCAGGAUCAACUCUUUUGUACUUCGGAGCAAAAGCUUUAAGAGGCACUGAAAGAAAACAUUAUAAAUCUACACCUGGGAAAAAAGUCUCCAUUGUAGGCUGGAUGGUGGCACUGCCUGAUGACCCAGAGCAUCCUGAUAUUUUCCAGCUAAAUAACCCUGACAAAGGCAAUGUUUACAAGUUUCAGACUGGUUCAAGGUUUCAUGCAAUAUUAUGGCAUAAACAUCUGGAUGACGCGUGCAAAAGCAACAAGCCUCAGGUACCUGCUAAUCUAAUGUCAUUCGAAUAAUUUCCUCUCCUACCUGGUGUGACUUCAAGUGCCAAACUGAAGAAACAGGUUAUUGUUCUCUAAGGAGGAAGAGGAGAAUGAUUUUCCUGACAUGAGCCAGCCUCAGAUAUUUCAGCACUUUCCUAUGUAACUUGAAAGUGACUCUGACACAGCUUUUAAAAGCAGAAAGUGAAUGUUAUCCCUAGGACCAGAUAAAGUCUCAUGCACUGAGUGAAAACAGACAAGUUAGAUGGACAGAAGAUUAAUCCUGACUCCUGCAGGAUUCUAGAGCCCUCAACUAUUUGUGGUCAGAGACUGCAUGAAAUGGUGUUUGGCCGCAAACUGAGCAUUAUAUCUUCUGCCUGUUCUUUUUCAAAUGGUUCUUUUUAUUGUUAAGCUGCUUUGUGUGACUGAAGAAUAUUUGGCCCAUGUUGGGUUUCAAUUCUUUCUAAUGCACAGAAUGAUUGACAGUGUUAACUUGCUCCAAAGUGUCAAUUAGAAUAGAAAAUUGUGGAACAACAUUUUUAUAAUCUAAGUGCACUGAGUUGCUUAGCAAUGUGGCUGCCUCAAAUUUUCUAUCAAAUCUCUGGACAAUAUGCUGUUCAUAUUUGAGCUAUUUGGGAAAAAGUGUUUUGGCAUAGGACAGUUGGUUUUCUUUUUCAUUCAGUUAUUUUGGUCAGGAAUACACUGGUAAUAGAUUUAAGGCUGUUAAAAUUUAUAUUGUACUGAAGUUUGUCUUUUGUUCUUUUACCAAUGGCAUACUUGCUUAUAAAUUUGGUGUUUGGUUGUUCAUUUCAAAUCCCUUAGCACAGGGAAGCAGGUAAUCAUGUGUUUUAUAUCACAUGGUCCUGGCUCCUCAGAAUGACUCCAUAUCAUUGUUUCUGUUCUGUCCUUCUGUGGACGACUUGGCUCCACUCAAUUCCAGUAUGUGUUGUGACUUCAGGACAUUAGUACUGGUAGAUAGUACUGCUAUUAUAAAAUUGUGAUGGCAGUGAAAGACUGUGUAACAGUGGAGCAAGUACAACUCCACAUCUAUAUGCAGAGAAUAAGCAAACAAACAAAAGAAAUGUCACUGCAUCUUCUCCUCUGAAGGAACUCUCUCUGUGCUGUAUUCCUGCUGUACCCUGGCACUCCUGCAGUCAGAAUCGUUUUCUGUUCGUAUGUUAAAUUCAUCACUUUUUCUUUUUGAAACUCUGUUGCCAUAUAGUAUCAUUAUUCCGACUUCAUCAAUCACCAGAGAACCUCUUCUGACUUUCCUAAGAUUGCGUAGAGGAGAAAUUAGCAAGCCAGCCUCUAAUUUACAAACCAGGAACACCAUGAAAGUCAGUUUAAGUGAACAGAACCUCUACUAGAACAAGCUCCCUGGCAUUAGCAGUAUGUAUUCUGUGGACUUCCAUGAUUUUUUCUGUUUUAAUUUUGAAAUUUCUCUAACAACAAGGAGAAAAAAAACUGUAUUGUUAAAUGUAGGUCAAAAGUAAAUUUAUUGUUCUUUUAAGAGUUCAUGUUACAAUCCUGAAAGCCUAAUAUAUACCAGGUGUUCAAGAAAAACAGCUCCUGAUGACAACUGCAUUUAGAUCCUGGGACAUGAGAAAGUGUAUGUAAAGUUGAUAAAAUUUGUUUGAUAACUGAGGAACUGUGUGAAAAGAGUGGUAAUUAAAAUAUAUAUUUGUAUUAUUUUUCUCUUUCUUUGCUAACUUAACUUGGAACUAGGGAAAACAUGGUUAUCUGCAAGGGCAGAGCAUCGAACACCAUUAGAGAUGGUGUAGAAGCUUUUGAAUGUGGUAACAUCCUGACAGCAGUGAAUGACUUCAUACUGUUAGGCAAUGAUAUAGUCUGAAUUGUUCUGCACCUGUGGAUUUUUGUGAUUAGUCAUCAAUGAGAUUAAACAUCUUUUCCGUAUAGCACAACUGUGAAAUUUCUGCACAGUAUUGAGAAAUUCGGAUUGAUGGCAGUGAAAGAAUACUAGUAAAACAUCUUAAAACAAUUUUAAAUUAGUCUUCAAGUAUUAAACAGUUUGUAGCUGCUGAUUAGAGGUGUAACAAUGCCAUUUGGUACUAUUUGCUAUUACCAGGUAGUUCUAUGGUUAAUUGAAAGCUGCUAUUGAAAUAUAAUAGGUUGCCUGUCACUACUGAUUGUUACAGCAUAUCCACAAAAAAAAAAAAUCACAAGCCGUACAAGUUUUUU